AUGUAUUGCCAUCAGCUCGUUUUGUUAUUGCUAUUGACAGCUGCUAUUAAUUGUGAAUUGUUGGACAAUCUAUCACAUCGGAGCCACGGUCGACAAAGAAAUUUAUUUGGGGACUCCAUAUCUGCGGCGACGAGGCGUGGGCGAUUUCUCUCCCUCUUCACGUACGUCCAGUUCAGUAAUCAAGAGUGUUUGAGCGCCACAGGAGAUAAUGGCACUUGCGUCACCGCAUCGGAAUGUAACCAAAGGGGUGGAUUGGCGAAUGGUCCUUGCGCUAAUGGAUACGGAACGUGUUGUAUUUUCUUGGCUUCGUGCGGAACAACCAUUAGAGCAAAUGGCACCUACUUCGUUCAUAAUGGAUAUCCUAAUCAGUAUGAUGGAACGGGAUCCUGUCAAGUCACUCUGGUAAAAUCCGAUCCUGACGUUUGCCAGUACAGGUUAGACUUCGAGCAAUUUAGCAUAAUGGGUCCGGAGACAGAAAACAAUAUGUGUAACAAUGAUCAAUUUAUUGUCUCUGGGGGCAGUCCAAUACCUCCAAUCUGUGGCACCAAUAUGGGAAAUCACAUAUAUGUCGACGCAGGGGCUGGCAAUAGUCCAAUUACUCUAACUAUAGUGACAAGUGGACCUUCGUUUCCCCGAAGUUGGAAAAUCAGAGUGACGCAGAUUUUGUGUUCUUCCUCGUACAAAGCUGAGGAGGGCUGUUUACAGUACUUUACCGGAGUUGCCGGAGAGAUUAAAUCUUUCAACUACGACCUAAAUAGUGGUUUACAACUUUCUAAUCAAGAUUACAGCAUAUGCAUUAGGACGGAACGGAAUUUCUGCGGUAUACAGUACAACCAAUGUCCGGAUACAGUUCAUAACCGAACACAGUCGUUCACUUUAUCAGGAAACACCAACAAUCCAAUUCAGGCAAUGGUUGGAAGCACUGGCAGUGCCAAUUUUUGUCAGGCGGAUUAUUUAAUUAUUCCAAUGGCAAUGAACGUAGGUAGACCUGUGACGGGUGUUUCAGCCAACGUUGAUAGAAUAUGCGGGGGAACCCUCAGUGCAGAUGUUUCCCUAAAUCCAACUCCUAUCCGAAGCAACGUAAAGCCCUUCCGAUUGUGGUUUCACACGGACGGUGUUGAGGCGCCCACUGAUAUAUCAAACCGUGGGUUCUGCUUGAAUUAUGUUCAACAACCGUGCACAAGCAAUUUAUCGUAACAUUAGGUGAUUAUUGAUACUUUCGAGGGAGAAACCGGGUCGAGAAAAUUGUUUUAGAAAAAUUCCCUUUUGGAAAUUUCAAGACCUGACAGUUGUUAUUGUUUUCUAUGAAAA